AGAUUAAAUAGCACACCCAACAUAAUAGGGAAACAUCCAACUGGUCUAUGUAGCUGUGGGGGGAGAGAGACAGUGGAGCAUGUGAUGGUUGAAUGUCAUGGAUAUGAAAGGGAGAGGGAAGAGAUGAUGGCAGGGUUGCGGAGGACAGGAGCAGUGGAGAAAAGCUUCAAAAGUAUAAUAGGAUGUGGGAAAUGUAGAGAAGGGAGGAAAAUCAUAAUGGGGUAUCUGGUUUCAACUGGGUUAAUAAAAAUAAUUUAAAAAAGGGAAAGGAAAUUAAAUAGUAAAAAGGUAAAGUCCAGAAGAUGGCGGUAUAUGCAACUAUAAGGAUGCAGACUGCCGUAAAACACCAAAGAAGAAGAAGAAGAAGAAGAAGAAGAAGAAGAAGAAGAAGAAGAAGAAGAAUUGUGUGCUCGCGGUGGAGACUACCGGAUUUAUUGCACAAUGACUCGCCAUGGAAAGAACUGCACGGCCGGAGCUGUGUACACAUACCACGAGAAAAAGAAAGACACAGCGGCCUCUGGUUAUGGAACGCAGAGUAUUCGACUGGGCAAAGAUGCAAUCAAAGACUAUGACUGCUGCUGCCUAUCCCUGCAGCCCUGUCAGGAUCCUGUAGUGACUCCAGAUGGGUACUUGUAUGAAAAGCAGGCCAUUCUUGAAUACAUUCUGCACCAGAAGACAGAAAUUGCCAAAAAAAUGAAGGCGUAUGAGAAGCAGAAGCAAACGCAGAAGAGCAACAGCCAACUUGAGUCCAAGUCAGAGGAAAGAGAGCGUGUGGAGAGGUUUAAAACCAGGGAAAACAGCAUUGUAUCCAAACCCAUCAACCCAUUUAUGUCUGGACAGAACAAAGAAAGUGAAAAAGGCAGGACAAACAACAGCUCAGCAGAGUCCUCCUCUGUCUCAGCUGGCCCUUCCACCCAAAGCCUGCCCAGUUUCUGGAUUCCUUCUCUGACACCAGAGGCCAAGCCCACCCUGCUGAAGAAACCAAGUAAGGUUGUGUCAUGUCCCAUGUCAGGACGACCUAUUAAAAUGAAUGAGCUGAUCACAGUUUGCUUCACCCCACUGGAUCCAAGCCUGGACCGAGUGGCCCUGCUCACCCGACAGGACAGGUAUGUAUGUGCAGUAACCAGAGACGUCCUUGGCAAUAGUGUUCCCUGCGCUGUUCUGCGAACCUCGGGUAAUGUGGUAACUCAGGAGUGUGUAGAGAAAUUGAUCAAGAAGGACAUGAUUGAUCCUGUGACUGGAGACAAACUGUCAGAGAAGGACAUCAUACCCCUGCAGAGGGGUGGAACUGGCUACGCUGCCUCCGGGGUUGACCUCCAUGCCAAAGAGGCUCGUCCAGUGAUGCAGGUGUGAGAAGAUGUAGGACUGCACUGCAGUUUCACAUUAACAGAUUCCUCCCAGUGUGUCGAUAACUUUCACAUAAUUUGAUGCUCUUUGUUGUUUGAUGGCAUAUUUUCAUGUUACAUUGCAUUUUUUUGUUGAACUCGAUUUUUUUUUCAUUCAUGUGAAAUACAAUUCUUUAAAAAAAAUUAUGUUUCACUGACUGUGAUCAGACAUAAUUAUUCUGUUCAUUCUUUCAGCAGAGCUAGUUGUUGGAAAAAAUACAGCUUUGACUUUUCUUUACUAUUCACUAAUAAAGAUUUUGCAUAAACAUUAUCUUAAUGGUCUACAUAAGAGAAGGAUCAAAUGAUUGAUCAUGCAACAUGUGAAUGAAGAUUAAAUUAACAGGACCUGGUCUAGGUGAUAUUAAAGCCUUUCCAAAUUUUAUAUCUAGACAAGAUAAAUGUGACCCGGUUUGGUUUUCUGCUGUAUGUGAUGACUCGGUCCAAACUUUAACAUGUAAGCAGGUAGUUUUCCAUUUUACUGUCUGCUUGUUACUGCGUGUCUUGUAUGCAUUUCUGUGACUCAUUCUGCAUUUUUGGCUGCAUUCAGCAGUGAUAUUACAGUAAAGCACAGAUGUUAGAGAUCACAUCCAGAGCAUUUAUAGUCACUAGUGGAAACCAGUUGCUGGCUGUUUUUAUUAUAUGUAGCUUCAGAGAUAAAACUGUGUCCACACCAAUUCCAAUGACUUUUUAUCAGGUUUAUAUUGCCUAAUUUGAAUAUAAGCUCUUUUGUUGGCCAGUUCUGCUUAAGAGGAUGUCCCUAAAUUUGUUCCAAGGUAGAAAUAUUUGUACAUAAUAAAAACAUAAUUCCUCC